CACUAACUCCUACUUUGAGUUGGAACGCGUGAGGUGUGUGUAUUCUCUGAUUGUAGGGCACUGAGUAGACACAUGGUUGCUCAUUUGUAAGUGAGAUCCCACUUGAGAGAGUCAGUGACAAAGAAAUAAAGAGAGAGAGGGGCAAAACAAGAGGAAAAGUUGCCAGCACCAGUACAAGAGAGAAAGAAAUAAAGAAAAAAAGAAACAGGGAGAGACUAUAAAGCAUUUCCACCUCCAGUACAAUGGAAGACUGUGCUGUGACCUUCUGGAUUUACAUCGGAGUCAUGUCCAUCUUUGUUGGUGGAGCAGUGAAGAAGUUUCUGGCAUCCCAUAUGGGUGCCAUGCCCUCGGUGGUGGCAUGGCUGGGUGCCACUCUGCUCCUGGAGAGACUGUGUGCCUUGUGCAUGCCCGCUGUACUAGCAAGGUUGUUCCUCUGUGUCUCCUGCUGGCUGUACUUUUCAUGGGCCACCCCCAAACCAUCCCUGCCAGUGGAGGGCAAGGCAGUCUUCAUCACAGGUUGUGAUUCAGGGUUCGGUAAUGCUACAGCAAAACAUUUGGAUGCAUUGGGGUUUGAAGUAUUUGCAACUGUAUUAAACCUCGAAGGUGAGGGAGCCAAAUACUUGCACAGGGUCUGUUCAUCACGACUUACUCUCCUGCAGGUGGACAUCACCCAACCCCAGCAGGUACAACAAGCCCUGCUCGACACCAAGGCCAAGCUUGGCAUGAGAGAUUUGUGGGGGCUUGUAAAUAACGCUGGAUGGUGUGUGAAUAUUGGGGAUGUUGAGCUCUCCCUCAUGUCCAACUUCAGAGGAUGCAUGGAGGUUAACUUCUUUGGAACGCUCACUGUUACCAAGACCUUUCUACCACUUUUGAGAAAGGCUAAAGGCCGGAUUGUGACAAUAUCCAGCCCUUCAGGAGAGCAUCCCUUUCCUUGUCUGGCAUCAUAUGGGGCUUCAAAAGCAGCUUUGAAUCUUUUAAUCAACACUCUUCGUCAUGAGCUCAAACCAUGGGGCGUCAAAGUCGCCACCAUCUUACCCUCUGCCUUUAAGACAGGUCAGAGCAGUAACACAGAAUACUGGGAAAAACAGUUCAAGCACCUGAUCCAGAAUUUGCCCCCAAGCCUUCUUGAAGAAUAUGGGGAAGAAUACCUACUGGAGAUCAAGGAAAACUUCCAGAGUCAUGCCAAGUCAGCGAGAGAGGAUCUGAGCCCUGUAAUUGACACCAUUGUGGACGCACUUCUUUCUCCCAAGCCCCAGGUGCGCUAUUAUGCCGGGCCAGGUUUAACACUCAUGUACUUAAUCUGCAGCUACUUCCCUUUGAGCCUCGGUGACAAGUUCCUCCAGAAACUGUUUGUAAAGAAGACAGUGGCGCCUCGUGCCCUACAGAAACAGUACAACCUAAGCCUCAACAACAAUAACAACUGCAUAAAUUAUAACAUGAAUAACAGUAACAACAACAUCAGCUUCACAAAGAUUAUUGAUUAGUUUAGGUAAAGCACAGUGUAAAUCCUUUAGCACCACUAAUGUGAUCUGUUUAUAGUCAUUUGUUUUCUUUGUAUAUACUUUAUGCUUAUCUUUUUUUUUUUUCUUUUUUUUUCUUGUACAAUAUUGUGAAAUAUUUUGAGGGAUCACUGAAUUGCACCAAAUCAUCUAUGGAAUGCCCAGUACCUAAAAUUGACACUCUUUAGCUCCAUGAAGUAAAUAAACUAUUAUAAUAAUAAUAAUAAUAAUAAUAAUAGUAGUACAAAUAAUAAUAACAAUAGUAAUAAAUCUAUCAUGCCCAUUGGCCAUAAUUAUUGUCAAUACAAGUUCUCAAGUGUGGCCAAAUUAAACAGAUAUUGUAUACACUAGUUUAUGUAUUUUGCAGAAUGCAUACAUUCUAGGUGUUUACUAUGGAGACAUGGGUCACCUUUCAACAUCAUAGAUUUGUAGAGAGACAGUUACAGUAUAUGUCUAGUGAGAAAUCUUAAAUUAGCCACUGUUACUAAGACAUGUAGUAUGCAAUCAUUAACUGAAACACUUAUGGCUUUUCUGAAUUACUGCACUGAGUGGCUAGUUGUAAUGUUACGUGAUCAGGCCAUGGUUAGAUUGGGUUGUAGUGCAGCAUCAAGUAAAUAUAGUGGGUGGCAUUUUGUAUUGUUGUUGUUUAUUUGUUUGUUUUUUAGUAACCAAUUGACUCAAAUGGUUUCUAAAGUCAGGUUUUUAAAUAUACUUAAAAAGCCUUUUUAUGUAUUUUACUCCAUAGUUUUGCAUUUGUUAUUUCUGUUGAUGAUUUAUCUGUCACUUUUUUCUUUUACUUUUUGGUUUUUGUUUGUUUUUUUAUUUGGCAUGUUAGUGCCAUUUUCCUAAAUCACUUAAACUGUGAAUUUUAUACAAACAUGAAAAACCAGUCAAUUGUUCACUUGAUCAUUCUUACCGUUUAUUAAAGCAUAAUCUCUUUUUAGCUUGUCAAAGAUCUUUGUGAAUGCUAAGUGACCUCUGAUUGCUUAACUGAAACCCAGCCACCCAGUUAUACUGUGGUAAUUAGCAUUUGGCUAAAGCUAUGGUAAUUGCAAAAUUCAGUUUGUUAAAUGAAGCCAGUGCCUUACAAGCAGGGGCAGACUGGCCGUAGGGAGAACCGAGACUUUUCUAAGUGUGCCGAACAGGCAGCAAAAUGUCAACUACCACCUACUCCCCCCUCGCUCAACAACUUUUGGUCAAUUUAUAUGUAUAUACAUAUAAUAAAUCAAAUAUAUCAAAUGUUAUAUACAGUAUAUACAUACAUAUAGGAUUUGCAUUUAAAUAUAAGUUUACAGUAUAUACUGUUUAUCUGUAACAUGUCUAAAAUAGUAAGUAGGCAUGCCUGUGUUCAGUGCCAAGCCCCCAUGCCACCACAAGAUGGCUAUGACUCCUGUAUAUCAUGUCUUGUUAUUGAACAUGAGUGGCAAAGCCGUAAACAGCUAGAAAGUUGCAUUAACUGCUUUAUCCUCUCAGCUCAUGCAAGGGACAGUUUUUUAGACACAAAUGCACUGGUUCUUCCACCAGUGCUCCCCAGCCAAAGCGUGCCAGGCAAGAUGUAGCUGCCACAGUUGCUGCCUUGGCACAACAGGUUAACAACCUUGCUUCCCACCUCGAGAGCUCGAGUUUGGCAGCUGCUGUGGUGCAUCAGGAUAAUCCUUACGCUAGCCCAGGGUUAUCAGCACCAGAUGUGUCUGAAGCUGAUUGUGGUUCCAUCACUACUUUUCCAGAUGUGUUGGGGAAUAAUGCCCCUAUGGACUUUUCUCUUUUUUCAGAGACCAUGCCUGAGCAAAGUAUUGAUAGUAUUGAGGUUGCAGAGGAUAAUUCAGAGGAUUUGGCUUCUCAGUCACAGGACACCCAUCCACUGAGAUCCCUGAUUGAGAGAGCAGUUGAAGCCUAGAAUAUUCCUCCAGUCUCUGUCACAUCUGCUGCUCCAUCUCGGUUUGAUAUGGCUGAUUUGUCAGUACAGUCUAGGCCCUUUUUCUCUCCCCUCCUACCUGAUUUUUACAUGGUGACAUUGCUAAAACAGCUUGCCUGGCUAACACAGGUGUUGCAUCAGCUGUUGCAAGGUCUCAAUGAAUCACUGAGCCCAGAGAAAAUAGCUGAACACAGCUGUUUCUUCUACCUUAUUGUGGAUGUCAAAAUGGCAAGCAAGCACAGUGGGCAGAUCAAUGGCUCCCUUGUGGACAGAAAGGCAACACCUAUAGCUCUCUCAGUCCAAGCUGCACCCAGCAGACUGCAAGUAUUUGUUUGAGCUUCCUGUAGUACCUUCAGCAAUGUUUGGGCCUUGUGCUCUUGAGACGCUGCAGUGAGUAUGUGAGGCUCAUGCAUGUGCACAGGAAAUGAGGGGAUUUCUCCCCAGUUCAAUACAGACCCUGGCAGGUGUUGAGAGAAAUUGGUCAAGAUACGGUCAUACUCACAAUGAGGGCCAGAAAUCAGGUGGCGUAGACUCAGGAGACCCGAGACUUCAGUUGGAGGCCAGUAGGUGGCACCGGGUUCAUAGAAUCCAUGUCACAUGCCACAGGUGGUGUCAUAGUCCCAUCCAUAUGUAUUCUGGAGGAGAGAUAGUCUCUCACUCAGAGAACCAAGUUUACAAUAUAACCCUACAUUCCCCUCUGGCUGUACAGCAUGAAUAUAAUUCUAAUAUCAAUUAGAUAUAUGCAAUAGGCUACUAGUCAUGUGUUAAACAGAGUCUGUGUUUGACAGUGUUAGAAGACGAAUGGAGCAGGACAUGUGUCUUUCCACUCCUUCACAUCCUGUAUCACCCCUCAUCAGGUGUUAGUUUCACUAAAUAGUCAUCUACUCACAGAUUUGUUAACUGUACCCUCUUUUUUGCAUUUUUGCAAUUUUUGGUGACACAUUUGUAUAUCGUUCCUUUAACACUGUAAAGUUUGCAUAUGAAAGAAUUUAUUUUUUUUUACAUGAGACUGUUUUAGUAUCAUUAGACAAAUAUAUAAAAAAGA